ACUGUUUGUGCAUCUGAGUGUGGCUCCCGGAUCGCGAUCUGUGCAAGGAAUAAAAAGAGAGCUGACUUACAACCGUCCUUCGCCUCACGUAUGCAUCUCUUCCCUCAUCAACGGACUCGGCGGAGUCAAACUCCAACAAUAGAUAAUUCGGUUCUGCAUCGGUCGGAGUGCUGUGAGAGAACGACAGAUUAGUCCAGUUUGGGGGAUGAUUAGUCCAGUUUGGGGGAUGAUUAGUCCAGUUUGGGGGAUGAUUAGUCCGUCAGGUGUGUGGCAUAAACUGAAGGCGGCACAGCUGGUCUGAAUGAGGGUGAAGAGACUGAACAUGACGCUGCUUAUAAUCCACUGUGUGCAGGAUUCUCAUCGUGUGAUUAGCUUAAUGAAACAAAGAAGACUUAUAGGCUGAAUCUAUCAUGGGGGUAAGGUGGCUAGUUAAAACACGGUAAUCUAGUUGGUCGCCUACAUGAGUAUCGUGCGAAUAAGCUUAAAAGACGUUCAGUGGAAGAAACAUCCGGUAUGAUGAAUGGUUGCUCUGCUACAGCCAUGCAGCGAGGGAUCAUAGCAAAGACAGAAGAAGGAUUACAAGCACCUGGUCCGGAUUCUAAAGGUACAGAUGCUAGAAAUGAAACAGAAAUCCCCACCCAGUCAUACAAGACCAUGUGGAAUCACCUUAACAGCAAAUUGAGAAGACACCCAGUCAUAGGUCUUAGAGCUAUUGUGGAGUACCAUGAAGAUAACCAGGCUCCCUACAUGAUGUGUGAGUCUUGUGCAACACGGAUACCACAGGGAUUUAUUGUUGGGCACCUGAUCGGCGCAGAACAUCGGUACAAGUACAUUAAAUCUCUACAUCCUAAACUGAUCAAUGGCUGGAAGGAUGACCCCGAUUUCUCAGAGUAUCAGGAUGCUCUUGAGGAGAAGGCUAAAUACCUAGAGGUGACAGAGGGGCUAGGGGACAUCCAGAUAAUGAAAAAAGGGAAGGCCGGUUUUGAGCUAGUGGUUCUGCCGUCUUCUGACAAAUACCAGAUGCAUGGGUGGGCAGGCCCAGAAACGUCUGUUAAAAAUCUACCAAUAAAAAAAGAGCAUGAAGCAGUCAUUGUGAAAGGGGAGCAUGUGGAGCAUCAUGUAAUCCAUCAGUUAUCAGCCUCACACACUGGGAGUGCUGACAGCCUCUUGGCAGAAGGCACUUGGUCCAAAUCGGGUCGAGGCAGACCGUCUCUCCGAUCAGCUUUCGCCUCCAAAUACCUGAGUGGCAAACAGACAAAAAGGAUUGUUGGUUUGAGAGCUGUGGUUGAAUGCCAAGCUGCUAAGGUGCCUCCUUUUUAUGUCUGCAACGUCUGCCGUGCCAGAUUCUCCUUCUCUGAGGUCUUCAGCCACGUUCAGAGCAGCUCUCACUGCUGCUCUUAUAUUAGAUCACAGUACCCUCACCUCAUGGAGAAAUUUGGAGUUGGGGUAAAACCCAUCAAGCCAGUUCUCCUUCGUUCCAUUGCCAAGGAGCUGUGUAGGACUGAGAGCAUGGGAGAUACUCUGGUGAUAAAGCUUGACCUACCCACCUACCAAAAGCUACAGAAAAUAUCUACCAGGAAAGCUAUGAAUAUACUGCAGUUUAUCUUGAAGAACCAAGAUUACCGCCAUGAUGCCGGGAACCCAAAGAAGACAGCAGACACACUUCAGGGGCAGAUGAAGGUGGAGGAAAGAGCUCUACCUGAAGCUACCCAAAGAGUACCAGGUCAAAGGACAUGCCCACCUGCAGGAGCCUGGGCUGAAAAUGUACAAACCAAAGAUCCACACAUGCCUGUAGUGGAGAAGACAUUACCAGGACCUGCAGAAGAUGUAAAGAUGGCCAGUGAUUCAGAGAGGGAAGCCUUUGGUCCAGGGGGCUGGGCAAUGCUAGCCCAGCAUCUUGGAAAAUUUGAUAUGAAGAAAUUUAUUACCAGAGAGGAGGUCAUCUCUAAACGUUUCAUCCUUCCAUCUCCUGUUGUGGACCUCCAGUUCCUCCGCAUAAAAAAGACUGGAGCUCCCAUGGAUGAGAGCCACCUGGCCAAGUUCAUGCUGCCCUUCCUGAGUGGGAAAGCCCACCCUGUCGUUGGGCUUGGAAAGAUCGUGGAGUGUCGCAGUUUUAAAGAGCCCACUUUCUACUUAUGCCUUAGCUGUUCCCUAAAGCUAGAAAAGGCCAACAUUUGUGGACACAUUGUUCACUGGCAUCACCAGUAUUGUUACAUGAGAUUGGAACAUCCCCAUCUCCUGAAAGGCUGUGAGGAGGGGUCCGGUGUGGUGAACACCACAUACCUGGUGAAGCUUGCGUAUACUCUGAUGGGUACAGAGGGCAUGGGCCACACCCAGGUAAAAAAGCUGGAUAGGAACUUGUACCAGAAGGUGGCGCUAGCCUCCUUUGAAACUGUCCUGGAGAAGCUGAAGAUCCAGAGAGAACUCCAGCCCCAGAUGACCUCUAGACCAAGCCUGGUUGAGCCGCAGAUAUCAGUCCAGUGGCAGCAGUCAUCUAAGGUACCCAUCCCAGAUCCAGGAGGACCAAACAAGCCUCCAGAAUUAUCUGAAGCAGGUGGUGUGCAGCAAAAGGCUUUAUUAGGAAAGCAGAGGCUGCAGGAAGGUCUGUCUAGCUUAAAGGAGGACCCUGGCGUGCUGGGACUUCAUUUUGUGCUGGAGUGUCGCUGCGUGGAUGACGACUCCUGUCCGUACUACUACCUGUGUCAGACCUGCUCUCUCAGGCUGCAGGAGGAUCAGAUUGUGGAGCAUCUCCAUAGCUCACUUCACCAGUUCUAUUACAUUACCUCUCAUCGGCCCUGGCUACUAGAGGCAGUGAGAAGGACAUCAAACCAGUUUUUACUGGGUAUCAGUGAGCUGCUGAAAUUGGCCACCAUGAAGUUGAGGGAGACUGAGGGUUCUGGCGAUGUCCAGGUGAUGCUGCUACACAAGGCUACCUACAGCAAACUGGUCAUGGAGAGUUAUGAGUCUUGGAUGACAGUGAUAAUGGGGACAGCUAAGCAGACUGACUCCUCCCAGGAAAAGGCCUGCAGUCACCAGGGUGUGUGUGUGUGUGUGUUGUAUGCAUACAUUACAUAAUGGGGACCAAAUGUCCCCACAGUGUGAUUAAAACACUGCUAUUUUGACAUUGUGAGGACCCCUUUCUUCAACCCCCAAAAGGGAAAUUCAGUUUUACCAAACUGCAAUCAGAAACUAAAAAUUGCAGAAGUCUUGUAUUUUGUUUGGUUAAUUAUGGUUAAGGUUGUUAAUAUGAUGAGUUAAUAUUUGAACAAGCUUAUUCUUGUCUUAGUGCAGUUAAUGAAUCCUGCCGAACAAAUAACAUUUUAAUAUUGAAUACUGUAUAUGAUUUUUGUAUUCCUGUUUAUGUAAGGGAAGUUUCACUAUUCAAAAAAAGAUAUUUAAUAACUAAUGUGGUGUGAUAUCUAAGAAAAUAAAAAUUAACUAAACUUUGAGCACCUGCAUACGUUUCUACAUUUACUGGACCUGUGGACAAAAAUCAGCUCCUCAGAGUCUUAAUGUGGAAAAAGGUAUUGAAACAUUUGGAUUGUGAAACUUCCCUAAAUGCAGAGAAAUUCCAUUGAAGUGAAUGUGGCAAAGGUACGAAUCUGUUAGAGCUGUACAAAAAUAUACCACUUCAAAAUUUUGCUUUAUAUGAAUUUGGAUCUCCUUAGGACAAGUUAUUGCAUUUUUGGUAUUUAUUUUAUUUUAGCCAAUGACUUUACGGUAAAAGUGGCUUUUAUCUCGGCAAUGUCUAUGUUCUAAUACUGGAAUGUUGGUGUCAUUGGUUUGGGAAGGAAUGGCUCUGGGCUGUAUUAGAUAAUGUGAAGAUGAAUUUGAAACUUUGAAAAUUGGAGUCAAUAUUACCUAUUGCAGUGUUUCCUAACCCAGUCAUCGGGGAACCCUGGACAGUCCACGUUUUUGCUUCCUCUCAGCUCCUAGCAGGCCUGUACCAGGUAUUUGGUGUUUCUGAUUGACUGGGAGCUGGGAAGGACCAAAAACGUGGACUGUCUGGGAUUCCCCCAAGGACUGGGUUGGGGUAACACUGACCUAUUACAAGGGUUGUCCUCCAUUUUGUUGAGGCAAAUCAGCACCCAUCUCUGCCCCCCCCCCCCCCCCCCCCAAGAAAUAUUGACAUUGUUCAAAGUUAUGACAGUCUUUUGUCAUUUUUAAUUUGUCAGGCUGUUAAAUUUGCAUUGCAACAUCAUUAAACAUUUGGUAGCAGUUUAAUAUUCAAGGUUCUCACCACAACAAUUAACACAACAGGCUGUUUCAUUCCAAAUCCAUUAAUUCUGAGGAUCCGAUAAGUCAAAAUUACUUAUAAAAAAAAAAAAAAAGUGUCUCUGUCCAUUUAUGGACCUCACUGUAUAGGACAUGCUGUGCUCUGUGGUCACACUAAACACUGUGUAACACUCUCAUAUGUAGACUUCUGUGUGCUUGCCUCUAAACAUUGUGUAAAUUAAA